AUGCCGUACAGCUCUCCUUUUCCACCGUUGGACAUCCCAAAAUGCAACAUCCUCUCCUACCUGUUCCCUCCUGGGAAGACACCGUCCACGAAACCACUAUGGAUCGAUGCUGCCGACACAUCGCACAGUCUCUCACCUGCCCAGAUGUUGUCUUGGGUCAAGAGAUUCGCUCUCGGCCUCGAUCGACUCGGCGUCAAGCAGCAGGAAGCGAUCAUGGUGUUCACGCCCAACCAUCUUUAUGUGCCCAUGGCUUAUCUCGCGGCUGCUGGUUCCAAACGCUUCUUCACGGGUGCGAAUCCCAUAUACACGGUCAACGAGGUCGCUCAUCAGAUGAAGGCGAUAGAGGCGGCCGUCAUGCUCAUUCAUCCGACUCUGCUUGAAACGGGCACCGCUGCGGCAAAACAAGCCAACAUCCCGCCUAACAGGCUUUUCAUCUUCUCAGACUCGGGGCAUCCGACCACGAAUGGUAUCAAAGACUGGCGAUCAAUGGUAGCCUCGGAGUCGGACGCCGAGUCUUGGAACUGGGAUCCCCUCGAGGGUGAGGCUGCUCUGAAAACCGUCGCGGCCAUCAAUUUUUCCAGCGGAACCACUGGCCUACCAAAGGGAGUCUGCAUCACACAUCGCAAUCUGAUCGCCAAUGCGGCGCAGUGUAUCUUCAACAAAUACGAGGGCACUGAGUACUCGGAGCAAAACCCUGGUCCAGAGCGUUGGCUGGCCUUUCUACCUCUCUACCACGCAUACUCGCAGUUAUGGACCAUCAAUAUCGCGUGCAGGCUUCAUGUGCCGGUCUACGUCAUGACGAAGUUCGUAUACGAGGACUUCCUCAAGUACAUACAGCAGUACAAGGUCACGACGCUCCAACUGGUCCCGCCCAUUCUCAUCAUGUUCGCGAAACGGCCCGAGACAGCCAAGUACGACAUCAGCAGCCUCAGACAGCUCCUUUGCGGUGCGGCGCCGCUGAAAAGCGACCUGCAAAACGAGAUCAUGGAGCGAUUCAACGUGACCAUCGUCCAAGGCUGGGGCAUGACCGAGACGACCUGUGCAGGGAUCAUGAUGCCGGGGAUGACCAAGGACCUGACCGGGUCGAUCGGACACCUCCUGCCCAACACCGAGGCUAAGAUGCUCGACGAAGACGGCAAAGAAGUGACUGCCGAAAACGAGGCGGGGGAGCUCUGGCUCCGAGGACCCCAGAUGCUGCUGGAGUACUGGAGAAACAGGGAAGCCACGAAGGAGAGCAAGACCGAGGACGGGUGGUUCAAGACUGGCGACGUCGCCGUGCGGAGGGGCGACAAGUGGUGGAUCGUAGACCGGAAGAAGGAGCUCAUCAAGGUCAACGGAUUGCAGGUCGCCCCUGCGGAGCUCGAAGCCGUGCUGCUCGAACACCCAGAUGUCGCCGACGCGGCGGCCGUGGGCAUCACUCUUCACGGCGAGGAGCUACCUCGAGCUUAUGUCGUGCUGCAGGAGCGAGCCAAGGGCAAGACGACAGUGGAGGACAUCCAAAUUUUCAUCGCAGGCAAAGUGGCCAAGCAUAAACGUCUGGCAGGUGGGGUCAAAUUCAUCGACGAGGUGCCAAAGCUGGCUAGCGGCAAGAUCGUGCGCAAGUUGAUGAAGGAGUGGGCCAAACGAGAUGCCAAAGAGAUGGAAGCUACCGUGAAGGCGAGACUAUGA